AUGGCAGAGGAAACAAGUAGUAGUUCAACAAGUUCUAAGAAGAAGAAGCAUAUGGAAUUUACUCCAAUGACACCAGAAUCCACUUUUCAAUAUGCUGAUUUGAAUAUUAAACAUGUUGAUAAAGAAACGUAGGUUCUUCUUCAUGAGUUACGCUAACUUUUCGAUGUUUUUUCCUAAAAAAAUCGACGAAAUCCUCGAUAAAAAAUCGAUAGUUUCUAGCUAAAAACUUCAAUUUACCAACCAAUAAACAUUCUGAAACCGAAAAAUUUGUGUUUUUUGUGUUUUUUCCGCUUCAAAAUGCUUUUUUAUCGAAAAAUUGAAGUUUUUAACUAGAAAAUUUGGUCCAGCAACUGAAAAACUUUGAUUUUUGGGUCCAGAAAAUCGGAAAAAUUAGGUUUAGCACAAAAUUUCAUGGAUUUUUGGCAGAAAACUGGUUUUCAGCUGAAAUUCUCAUUUUCAGCACAAAAUUUGACUAGGAAAUUAGAAUUUUUCAAAAAUGUUUUUUUCUUCGCGAAAAAUAUUUGAAAAUUCAAAUUUUUUAGUCAAAAUUUGAGCUGAAAAUGAGAAUUUGAGCUGAAAAACUAGUUUUCUGCCAAAAAUCCAUGAAAUUUUGUGCUAAACCUAAUUUUUUCGAUUUUCUGGACCCAAAAAUCAAAGUUUUUCAGUUGCUGGACCAAAUUUUCUAGGUAAAAACUUCAAUUUUUCGAUAAAAAACCAUUUUGAAAUACAAAAAAUGCAAAAUUUUCGUUUUAAAAUUGUUUGUCGAUUGAAAAAAUUGAAGUUUUUCAGGCUGGAAAAUCAUUGAAAAUGCAUCGAAAAGUUAGCGUAACUCAUGAAAUACAUGGAAUUUUUAAAAUUUCAACCUUUCAGAACUCUGAACAUGGUAAAACGUGCGAUUAAAAUGGGUUACGAUACAGUUGCGAUAAAUAUUGAUGUAGGAGAUAUUUCGGAAUAUUAUACAGAAGCUGAUAUGUUAUGGACACCUGGAACCACUGAAGAAACUUUGAUUGAACCACCGAAAAAAAAGAAAAAGCAACAAAAACAAGUUGAAGAUGGUUUGGCUGGAUUACUUCGAAAAAAGCUUAUACCGCUUCCAUUUUAUGUGAAUACGGAGGAAUUGGAUUUGGAGGAAUUGACGAAAAGGGGAAAGAUUUUUAGACAAUUUAGUCGGAUUACAAUGACAGCUAAUGAACAGAUUGUUUUGAAUAAGACUUUUAUUCAUCCAACGGUUUUGGUGGGUUUUUUUGGGGCUCAAAAGCCACGUGGCUUCAAAUCUAAAAGAAUUUUUGAACGGCUGAAAAUCAAAACAUUCUGAAACCGAAAAAUUUGCAUUUUUUGUGUUUUUUUCGCUUCAAAAUGCUUUUUCGAGCCGAAUUCAUGAUAAUUUUAUCGAAAUUUGGGUCCAGAAUUGAAAAACUUUGAUUUUUGGGUCGAGAAAAUUGGAAAAUUUAGGUUUAGCACAAAAUUUCAUGGAUUUUUGGCAGAAAACUAGUUUUUCAGCUCAAAUUUGUGUUUUUUUCAGCUGAAAAGCCACGUGGCUUCAGAAUUUUCUGAAUCUGAAAAUUUUAUCGCUAGAAAUCCAUCCACGUGGCAAAAUUUUCAGAUCUAGAAUUUUUGAGCUGGAAAUCCACGUGGCUUCAGAAUUUCAGAAUCUUAGAUUUUUAAUGCUGAAAAUCCACGUGGCUUCAAAAUUUCAGAACUUAGAAUUUUCACUGCUGGAAAUCCACGUGGCUUAAAAAUUUUCAGAUCUAGAAUUUUUUAUUGCUGGAAAAUCCACGUGGCAAAAUAUUUAAAAUCGAAAUUUUUCAGCUGAAAAUCCACGCGGCUUCCAGAAUUUUUUGAAUCUUAGAAUUUUAAUGCUGAAAAUCCACGUGACAAAAUUUCAGAACUCGAAUUAUUUCAUUGCUGAAAAUCCACGUGGCUCCAGAAUUUCAGAAUAUUAAAAUUUUUGAGCCCCUGAAAAUCCACGUGGCAGAAUUUUAUAAAUCUGAAAUUUUCGUUGCUGGAAAAUCCACGUGGCAAAAGUUUUGAGACUAGAAUUUUUCAGUUCUGGAAAAUCCACGUGGUAAAUUUUUUUGAAUCUGAAAAUUUUAUCGCUAGAAAUCCACGUGGCUUCAAAUUUUCAGAAUGCGAUUUUUUUUCAGCUGGAAAAGCCACGUGGAUUCAGAAUUUCUCUAAAUCUCGAAUUUUCAUUGCUGGAAAUCCACGUGGCUUCAGAUUUUCAGAAUCUCGAAAUUUUAUUGCUGAAAAUCCACGUGGCUUCAGAAUUUCAGAAUGUUAGAAUUUUCAAGCUGAAAAUCCACGUGGCUUCAGAAUUUCAGAAUCUUAGAAUUUUUGAGCUGAAAAUCCACGUGGCAAAAUUUUCUGAAUCUAAAAAUUUUACUGCUGGAAAUCCACGUGGCAUUUUUUUCGAAACUCGAAGUUUCACUUUUUGAUUCUAGAAUUUCCAAAAUCCUGAAACUUUUCAAAAUUUCUGAUCAAAUUUCACAAAAUUAUCCGAUUUUCUCUACUGAAUUUCAAAAAAAAAUUCAAAAUUUCCAAAUUUUUUCCAGUCCUACGAUCUAAUCGCUGUUCGACCCGGCGAUCCAUCAGUUCUCGAAACUUUAUCAAGAAAAACCGAACUUUUCGAUAUCAUCACAAUCGACAGAUUAGAAGCUGAUAGAGUGAGUUUGGCUAACUUUUUUUUUUGAAUUCAGAAAAAAAUAACAUUUUUUUCAGGGAAAAUGGUUGACAUUUUCAAAAGUAUUGGAUCGAAUGAGAAAUGAUGGAAUAUUUUAUGAAAUUUCCUAUGCUGAGUGUUUGAUCUCAGCCACACGAAAAACGGUAUUUUGAAUGUUUUUGUGUGCGCGCGCGGUCGCGAUGCGGUCGAAAAAAAAUGUCACGAAAAGUCAAAAAAUUCACAAAAAUUCACAAAAUUCACAAAAAGUCAAAAAAUUCACAAAAAAGUCAAAAAAUUCACGAAAAUUCAAAAAAUUCACAAAAAUUCAAAAAAUUCAAGAAAAGUCAAAAAAUUUCAAGAAAAGUCAAAAAAUUCACGAAAAGACAAAAAAUUCACGAAAAGUCAAAAAAUUCACGAAAAGUCAAAAAAUGUCGAAAAAACAUUGUAGGUCAAAAUUAGUUUUUCAAGGUUUUCAGCCAAAAAUGAUGACAAAUCAAUAUUUUUCCAAGCUUCUGGAGUAAUUUCUGAUGAAAAUAAGGUUAAAAUUUUUUUUAUUUCACGAAAAAUCAGCAAAACCUUCUGGAAAAUGAAUUCCAAGGUCAAUUUUCAUCAGAAAUUACUCUAGAAGCUUGAAAAAUAUCGAUUUGUCAUCAUUUUUGGCUGAAAAACCUUGAAAAACUAAUUUUGACCUACAAUGUUUUUUUUUCGACAUUUUUUCACUUUUCGUGAAUUUUUUGUCUUUUCGUGUAAUUUUUGACUUUUCGUGAAUUUUUUGACUUUUCGUGAAUUUUUUGACUUUUCGUGAAUUUUUUGACUUUUCGUGAAUUUUUUGACUUUUCGUGAAUUUUUUGAUUUUUGAUCUUUCGAUGUUAAAAAAAAACAUAUUUUUUUUUGUGAAUUAGCCCUUUUCAUAAAAAUUGGUCAUUUUUUGUGGAAAACAAGAUUUUCGACCGCAACGCGACCGCGCGCGCGCACAAAAACAUUCAUUCAUUGAUUCUCAAAUUUCCAGGCGUUGUUCAAUGGACGGGUAUUAUUGAGAUCUCUGAAAUCGAAGUGUAUCAUUAUUUCGAGUGGAGCUGAAAUUAAUGAUGGAUUUGCGAGCACCGAUUGAUGUGAUGAAUUUGUCAAUGUUGUGGGGUGUGGCGAGUAAUGAAGCAAGAAAAUUUGUGUCAGGUAAGGUUGGGAUUUUUGAGGGAUUUUUGAAAAUUGAAAGCUUCUGAGCCAAGUUCUGGGCUCUAAAAGUUCGAAAAUCUGAAAUUUUUCUGGAAAAAUUCAUUGAUUUUUGAAUUCCAGAAGAUUUUUAGCUCGGAAAUUUUGAAAUUAAUAUGAGCAAUGUUUCUUCCGUAAAAAAUUCCGAUUUUUCUCGAAAAAGUGCGAAAAUUAAUAUGAGCAAAGCUAAUUUUUAACAAAAAUUUGAAGAAGUCAGAUUCUUUAAAAGAAAAUUGACCCAAAAUCUCGUGAAAAAAAUUGAAUUUUCAAAAUAAUUAACAUGAGCAAUGUUUUUUCCUCAAAAAUUCUGAUUUUCCUUUAAAAAAUUUGAAAAUUGACAUGAGCAAUGCUUUUUUUCCGUGGAAAUACUAAUUUUUCUCAAAAAUUCGAAAAUUGAAACUAACAUAGCUAUUUUUCAACAAAAAUUUGAAGAAGUCAGAUUUUUUAAAAGAAAAUUGACCCAAAACUUGUGAAAAAUCGAAUUUUUAAAAUAAUUAACAUGAGCAAUGCUUGCAGGAAACCCAAAAAACCUUUUUUUACCUUUUUUUUGGAGAAAAAAAUCACCGCCAUUUGAAAACCCUGAAAAUAUAGGUUUCAAAUUUAUUUGAAUUUUGUAGGGAUUUUAAAAUUUGUGAUUCAAGCGUUGCUUCAAUUUUUGAAAUUUCAGAACCAAUAAAAGCUCGGAAAUUUUGAAAUUAACAUGAGCAAUGCUCAAAAAUUCUGAUUUUCCUUCAAAAAAUGCGAAAAUUAACAUGGGCAAUUUCAACAAAAAUUUGAAGAAGUCAGAUUCUUUAAAAGAAAAUUGACCCAAAACAUGUGAAAAUUUGAAUUUUCAAAAUAAUUAACUGAGCAAUGCUUUUUUUUCGUGAAAUUUCCGAUUUUCCUUUAGAAAAUGCGAAAAUUAAUAUGAGCAAAGCUAAUUUUGAACAAAAAUUCAAACAAUUCAGAUUUUUUGAAGAAAAUUGACCUAAAAUUCGUAAAAAAAAUCGAAUUUUCAAAAUAUUUAACAUGAGCAAUGUUUUUUCCUCAAAAAUUCUGAUUUUCCUUUUAAAAAUUUGAAAAUUGACAUGAGCAAUGCUUUUUUUCCGUGGAAAUACUAAUUUUUCUCAAAAAUUCGAAAAUUGAAACUAACAUAGCUAUUUUUCAACAAAAAUUUGAAGAAGUCAGAUUUUUUAAAAGAAAAUUGACCCAAAACUUGUGAAAAACCGAAUUUUUAAAAUAAUUAACAUGAGCAAUGCUUGCAGGAAACCCAAAAAACCUUUUUUUACCUUUUUUUUGGAGAAAAAAUCACCGCCAUUUGAACACCCUGAAAAUAUAGGUUUCAAAUUUAUUUGAAUUUUGUAGGGAUUUUAAAAUUUGUGAUUCAAGCGUUGCUUCAAUUUUUCAAAUUUCAGAACCAAUAAAAGCUCGGAAAUUUUGAAAUUAACAUGAGCAAUGCUUCAAAAAUUCUGAUUUUCCUUCAAAAAAAUGCGAAAAUUAACAUGAGCAAUGCUAUUUUUCGUGAAAAAUCCGAUUUUCCUUUAAAAAUGCGGAAUUUAACAUGAGCAAUUCUAUUCUUCAAUAAAAAUUUGAAGAAGUCAGAUUUUUUGAAGAAAAUUGACCCAAAAUUCGUAAAAAAAAAUCGAAUUUUCUCGAAAACUAACAUGAGCAAUGUUAUUUUUCUAAAAAAUUCUGAUUUUCCUUCAAAAAAUGCGGAAAUUAACCUCAGCAAUUCUAUUUUUCAACAAAAAUUCAAAAAAUUCAAAUUUUUCUGAAGAAAAAUGAAUCAAAAUCUCGUGAAAAAUUGAAUUUUCAAAUUAAUUAACAUGAGCAUUGUUUUUUUUUCGUGAAAAUUCCAAUUUUUCUCAAAAAUUAACAUGAGCAAUGCUUUGAAAAUCCGGAUUUUCCUUUCAAAAAUGCGGCGGAAAUUGAUAUGAGCAAUUUAAAUUUCGAUUUUUUUUUCAAAAAUUCGAAAAAAUCAGGUUUUUUUUAUGAAAAUUAACCCAAAAUUCGUGAAAAAUUGAAUUUUCAAAAUAAUUAACAUGAGCAAUGUUUUUUUCCUCAAAAAUUCUGAUUUUCCUUCGAAAAAUGCGAAAAUUAACAUGAGUAAUGCUUGGAAAUUUCCGAUUUCUAUCAAAAUCUCGAAAUCUAACAUGAGCAAUGCUUUUUUUCGUGAAAAUUCUGAUUUUCAUUUUAAAAAUGCGGAAAUUAACAUGAGCAAUUUUAUUUUUCAACAAAAAUUUGAAGAAGUCAGAUUUUUUAAAAGAAAAUUACCCCAAAAUCCGUGAAAAAUUGAAUUUUCUCAAAAACUAACAUGAGCAAUGCUUGCAGGAAACCCAAAAAACCUUCUCCUUCAAUCCGAAAGUCGUGGAACCGAAAACGGCGACAUUUGCUCGAUGAAAUUGUCGGAAGCCGAAGAAAAAAAGCCACCAAUCGAAGUUCGAAUGACACAUUUGCAAUAUAAUGGAUUGUUGAAAGCGACGAAAGAUGCCAAUGAAUUGGUGGGUUUUUUUUUCAAAAAUUGAAAAUUAACAUGAGCAAUGCCUUAAAAAUUCCGAUUUUCUUUUAAAAAUUUGAAAAAUUAACAUGAGCAAUGCUUUUUUUUUGUGAAAAUUCCAAAAAUUAACAUGAGCAAUGCAAUGCUUUAAAAAAUCGGAUUUUUUUAAUUAGGAUUUUUUUAAAUCCCGACUUUCUUUUAAAAAUUCGAAAAUUAACAUGAGCAAUGCUUUUUUUUGUGAAAAUUCAAAAACAUGAGCAAUGCUAAAAAAUCGGAUUUUCUUUUAAAAAUUCGAAAAUUAACAUGAGCAAUGCUUUAAAAAUUCCGAAUUUUCUUUUAAAAAUUCGAAAAUUAACAUGAGCAAUGCCUUAAAAAUUCGGAUUUUCUUUUAAAAAUUGAAAAAUUAACAUGAGCAAUGCUUUAAAAAUUCGGAUUUUCUUUUAAAAUUCGAAAAUUAACAUGAGCAAUGCUUUUUUUGUGAAAAUUCCAAAAAUUAACAUGAGCAAUGCUUUAAAAAUUCGGAAUUUCUUUUAAAAAUUCGAAAAUUAACAUGAGCAAUGCUUUAAAAAUUCGGAUUUUCUUUUAAAAUUCGAAAAUUAACAUGAGCAAUGCUUUUUUUUGUGAAAAUUCCAAAAAUUAACAUGAGCAAUGCUUUGAAAAUUCGGAUUUUCUUUUAAAAAUUUGGAAAUUAACAUGAGCAAUGCUUUUUUUCUCAAAAAUUCAAAAAUUAACAUGAGCAAUGAUUUAAAAAUUCGGAUUUUCUUUUAAAAAUUCGAAAAUUAACAUGAGCAAUGCUUUAAAAAUUCCGAAUUUUCUUUUAAAAAUUCGAAAAUUUACAUCUCAAAAAUUUUUCAGAUGAAAAAACUGAAAAUGGAAGCGCAAAAUACAAAUUGUUAA